AUGGUCCGCAGAAAAGUAAAAAGAAAGGCCCCUCCAUCUGCCGCCAAAAGAAAUAACCAACGCAAGCUAGAUGUGAUGUUCUCAUGCCCUAUUUGCAACCACGAAAAAUCGGUUGAUUGCAAGCUGCAGACUACAAGACCCCGAUUACCUGUAUCGAUGGAAUUUUUAAUUGUAGAUCUUUCGCAGCCAAUAGAUGUGUACAGCGAUUGGAUGGAUGAUUUUGCAGCAGCAAAUAAGCCGCUCAAGCCAACGCCCGCCCCCCCUACUGAGGAGGAACCUACAGCACAGGUAGACCCGGAGAAUUGGGAUGAAGAUAGCCAGGAUAUUCUGAGCGCCUACUAA